AUGUUAUUUGAAUCAAUUUUAAAAUUAUUUAAAAACCAAAACCAAAAUUCUCAAACAUCCAAAAGCUAUAACAAUCUUAAUUAUCAUAGAACCAAUUAUGCCUCAAAUUUAAAAUCUUGUGAUAAUUCAAUAGCUACUCCCGAUAGAUUCUAUCCAUUUUAA